UAAGCUAAAAAGUGGAAGGGUAAAAUUCUAUUUCUUUUUUAUGAAUGUUCACAAAACAAAGUAUGGCUAAAAUUCUCUUCAUUUUCCUUCAUCUCACUGCUUUAUUAUUCACCUUUCUACGGUUCUGUGAUGGGAAGGUGAUGAUGGAGUAUAUUGGAGCAACAGGCAAGCCAAUAACAUUUGAUAAUGUUCCAGUUGAUGAGGGAAUUGACUUUCAUUUCAUUCUCAGCUUCGCUAUUGAUGCUGACCCUUCUGGGAACCCACAAAAUGGCAAAUUCUCACCUUAUUGGGCAUCAACAUUAACCCCACAAUCAGUUGCAACAAUUAAAUCCAAAUAUCCUAAUGUCAAAGUCUUGGCUAGCCUUUCUGGUUGGAGUUUAGGCUCAAAAGUCCUUACCUGGUACAAGCCGACCAACACUCAACAAUGGAUAUCAAAUGCAUUAACUUCCCUCAAAUCAAUUGUCAGCACUUAUCACCUUGAUGGCAUUGACAUUGACUAUGAAAGAUUCCCAAAGCACAAUGAAACUUUCUCGUAUUGCAUAGGAGAAUUAAUCACUCACUUGAAGAACCAAAGUGUUAUAUCUAUAGCAACAAUUGCACCAUAUUAUAGAACAAUUUUGCCAUACAUAGAGUUAUACAAGAACUAUGGGAAUUCAAUUGAUUAUGUAAAUCAUCAAUUUUACACUGAUAAAGUUACUACACCAAGUGGUUAUUUGAAGGCUUUUGCUCUUAGAAGUGAACAAUUUGAUAAGGAGAAAGUAAUUCCUAGUUAUGAAGUGGAAGGAAGAGGAAUUCAAGGUGAUGCAUUUUUUGAUGCUUUGAGAUUAUUGGGAAGUAAUGGAUUUCAUGUUAAUGGUGCAAUGAUAUACUCUGCUGAUGCUUCUGUUGAGGAUAAUUACUAUUAUGAGAGGAAAAUACAAGCUUUCUUGCUAAAUUUGACUAGUGUUUUGAAUAUCAAUUGGUUCCAGAAGAACCCUGAUGGGGAAGACGAGUAUUAUUGGUUGGUGCUGUCUGUGGUGGUUGUGAUUGAUGGUGUUGGAGUAAGGUUAUGUCUUCAGGAGAAACGUUGGUCAGGGUCAGGGGCAGUGGCAGUGACAGGGGGUAGGAAGGGUAAAAGGGCUAAAGAUGACUAUAGGUUGAGAAUAGGGUCGUGGAACCUAGGGUCUUUAUUGGAAAAGUCUUUAGAGUUAGUGGAAAUUCUUAGAAAAAGGCAAAUUAAUAUAGCUUGUCUCCAAGAAACCAAAUGGGUAGGUUCUAAAGCUAGAGUAGUAGAUGGUUAUAAGUUGUGGUACUCAGGAAAAGUGAGGAAUAAGAAUGGAGUAGGCUUGGAUGAUAAAGAGAAGAAGAGAUUUUGGGAGGAUUUGGAUGAGAUGGUGAGGAGUGUCCCUAGUAAUGAGAAGCUUUUCAUAGGAGGGUAUUUCAAUGGGCACAUAGGGUCUUCUUUGAAAGGUUAUGGUGAUAUGCAUAGACGACAUGAGUUCAUUGUAAGGAAUGUCGAAGGAGUUUCACUUUUGGAUUUUUCUCAGGCGUUUGGAUUGUUGGCAGUUAAUUCGAACUUUCCCAAGAAGGAGGUUCACUUGGUUACCUUCUGUAGUUCAGUGGCCAAGACUCAGAUUAACUUCUUACUUCUUAGAAAAGAAGAUAAGGGUAUUUGUAAGGAUUGUAAGGUCUUACCGAGUAAGAGUCUUUUGACCCAGCAUAGGCUUUUGGUGAUGGACUUGAGGAUCAUAAAGGAGCGGAUGAGGAGAGGUAUGGAGGAUCAACUGAGGAUUAGAUGA